GGGGAAGGCGGGCGCCGUGGACGCCAGUGGGCGGCUGCGGCGCGUGUUCCACUUCCUGGUGCGGGAAAUCAGACAUGAAGAUCACUAGGCAGAAACACGCCAAGAAGCACCUUGGGUUCUUCCGCAAUAACUUCGGAGUCCGCGAGCCGUACCAGAUCCUGCUGGACGGCACCUUCUGUCAGGCGGCGCUGCGGGGCCGCAUCCAGCUGCGGGAGCAGCUGCCCCGCUACCUCAUGGGGGAGACGCAGCUGUGCACCACGAGAUGCGUGUUAAAAGAAUUAGAAACACUAGGAAAGGACUUGUAUGGGGCAAAACUGAUUGCACAAAAAUGCCAGGUCCGAAACUGUCCGCACUUCAGGAGCGCGGUGAGCGGGUCCGAGUGUCUGCUGGCCAUGGUCGGAGACGGCAAUGCUCACCAUUACUUUGUGGCCACACAGGACCAGAAUUUGUCUGUGAAAGUGAAGAAGCAGCCCGGCAUUCCCCUGCUGUUCAUUAUCCAGAACACGAUAGUCCUGGACAAGCCCUCCGCCCGGACGAUCGGCUUUGUGAAGGCAGUGGAGGCCGGGCAGCUCGUCUCCGCGCACGAGAAGCAGAGCAUCGAGCAGCAGAAAGAGCAGCAGGGCUUAGUGAAAAGCCCUGAGCGGAGAAGAAGGAAGAAGCGCAGGAAAACAGGCGGUCCCAACCCGCUCAGCUGUCUCAAGAAGAAGAAGAAAACCCAGGAGCCAGCGGCAUCCGCUUCCAAGAAGAAAAGGCCAAGAAGAAGAGUCCGGAACAGACCUGCCUCCGGGGUGCUCCCCGAGAAGCCGGCUGCGGGGGGAAGCUGAGGCUGUGGACUCCUUAGGCAUGUGCAUGAGUUGAUUUCUGACUGUAAAGGUAUUCACAAUAAAAGAUUGAACUUGUUUUGUA